UCACGCAGUCUUCACUGAGAGCGGCGCUCGCGGCUCCCUCAAGGUUACAUACGUGUGAUUUCCGGACCGAAAAUGGCCUUAAAGCGGAGUGGCUUGUGAGACGAUCUGAAAAGAUGCAUAUCGUCGACUUCGUGUCGGGGUCAUUCGCAGGGGCCUGUGGAAUGGCGGUGGGUUACCCCAUGGACACGGUCAAGGUUCGGAUUCAAACCCAAAACCAGUUUACUGGCGUGUGGCAGUGCACGAGAGCCACGUUCACAAAAGAAGGGGUGCAUGGCUUCUUCAAAGGCAUGUCUCUACCCAUGACCACCAUAUCGCUGACCUCCUCGCUGGUUUUCGGCACAUACAGAAACUGCCUCCACUGUCUGAGCCAGGCCAGAGGAGGGGCUUCAAACACCAAACUAGACGUCUUUCUGUCCGGCUUGGCUGCUGGAAUCACUCAGAUAUCUGUCAUGUCUCCUGGUGACAUUGUGAAGGUUCGUCUCCAAUGUCAGACGGAAUCCAAAAAGACUGGGACAUUCAGACCCAAGUACAGAGGUCCGGUUCACUGCCUGCUGAGUAUAGUUAAAGAAGACGGGGUCCUUGGCCUCUACCGGGGAGCGCUGCCGCUGAUGCUGAGGGACGCGCCUUCUUUCGCGACUUACUUUUUAACCUACACCACCAUCUGUGACUGGCUGACAGACGGCAGCAAGAAAAGACCAGGCUGGAGCGGCGUGAUGCUGGCCGGAGGUGUAGCUGGGAUGGCGGGCUGGUCUAUCGGAACACCCAUGGACGUGAUCAAGUCCCGCCUGCAGCUCGACGGUGUGAGGGAGAGGAGGCGAUAUAAAGGCUUUUUCCACUGCAUCUCCCAGACCGCACGCGUGGAAGGAGCCAGCGUCUUCUUCCGCAGCCUGGGCCUCAACUGCGUGCGCGCCGUCCCGGUCAACAUGGUGGUCUUUGUUACAUAUGAAGUCUUGACUGGCUUCCUGAGAGCCGAUGGUGCCGACCCGACGCACGUGAGGUUUGAAUAACACUAUCACUAAUUUACACAUCGGAGAAGAAAAAAUAUACAAUGAAGGAAGGUCUUCAGUUCAUGAAAAACUCAGGGAGCCAAAUACGUAAUUGCAUCGUUUCACCACUAGAGGGACUCGCUGACCAGCUUUUGUCUGCGUUUCUUGAAAGCGCUUGUACUUCGAGGCCCAGGUGAGGACUCGGAUGUAGAAUAGAAAAGUUGCACUACACACAUCGAUGGUUCGGAUAUGUGCCCCAGAAGUUAUGCUGCAUAUUUUAAAAUGACUUUUCACAGCUGGGCAGCCUCCACCACAUCCACGAACCCCAUCAGUUUUCUACUCCUUUACCUUUAUAUCUGACGUUCUUCAUCCACCAUGUCCAAACCAUCCGAGUCUGACCUCCCCAAAUCUGUCGCUGGACAUUUGCAUUACAUAUAAUAUUCACAUAUUGACACACCAUUUGGCACAAUAAUCAAAUAUUAGGUAAGUCAUGUUUUAUUUUUAUUUUUAUGAGAAGGGGCAGAUGAUGUCAUAUCAGUCCUUCUGCUCUGCCAAUUUCACAAGCUUGAGUUUGAACUGUUUGUUUUUCUCUGUGAAUUCUAAAGGUGCCUUUCAUCAUAAGAUAAAUCCUAGAAGUUAUUGCUUGUUGUUACACACCUCAUGGCGCUUCCUGAUGACAUAUUUCUCGUGUCUAAGAUGACAGUAUAAGCCAAGUCUGUGUUCCGAACCUCUCCAAGACGCUGAUAUCUGCUACAUCAGCGCAUACAUAGUGUUUACACCUACCUGUCGUCCUUUAACCAGGGUCCUCAUAUAUGGAUUUCUAUAUUGUGUGUGUGUGUGUUUGAUGAAAUUAUUAUUGUGUGAGAGUGAUGUGUGACUGAUCACCAGUGCAUCAUUGCUUGUGUGGCGCUUUGUAACUCUGCACACGUGUCUGGAUUUGUACCACUUGUGUGCCCUCAAAUGUGUCUGUAUUGUGAGGGAUUUUAACAUAAUAUAUCAAUAUUAUUUGGUGUUUCACCCACUAAAGCAGCUUGUGUGUGUCGAAGAGCUGCGCUAUCAUGGUACGGUGGAAUAUUGAAGUAUGAAAGAACAAUCAUAAGGGUAAAUAAAUCUAUUUAUUUCAACCAAAGUUGUACUUUUUGAAAAAAAUAGUAUACAAGGAACCGCACAAUAACGGAAAAAUCUAAGAGAAUAAAAGACAGUGGACAACUUCCAGUCUUGCUAGAAUUUCUCCUUGUUUUCAUUUUAUAACUGGCAUUUACGUCUAAAAGCACAGAGACACAGAUUUGGCAUGAAGAAAAACAUGGUGUCAUGGACAUCAGAUAACAGUGACUCAGUGACGUAGUUGAUUUGAAAUGAGCUCGGCACCAAGCUUGGCCGGCUCAUGGUCAUUUCCAAAAUACCAGGCUCCAAAAGCAGUUAUAUGAAUGUUGCCUUUGUGAAAGCUCUCUCCCACUUAUGCAAUGACAGAAGCCCAUAAUUGUCUCGCACCACCUCUUGGUCACAUGCACUUCUCAAUAACACACACAAACGGUGACGUUCUGCUUUGUCAAUUUGGCCAUUUAGGAAAUGAGAGCAGAUUCUUCCAGCCCUUGGUUGUAAACAGCCUGCCCUACCACAGCACCUUAGCCAGUGAAUCCAGCAGUCAGAAGAAAAUAAAAUAAAAUAUCACACUCAUGGCGGAUGUUCUUGACGCCUUAAGUGAUGCAUUUGACAACUAAUACUUCAACGAUACACAAGAAUAUUCCCAAAAUAUCUUA